UCGCACAGUAGCCGUGCUCUUAAAGUUUAACGGGAAUCGGUUUGUGCUUUAAAAGACGGACACUGCCGGUGAGUCUUCACACUCGGAUCUCAUCUUCAGACAGAAACACUUGUGGGAGUCAAGAUGAAGUGUCUCUCUCUUGCCGUCAUCGCCAUCUGUGUGGCUGCUGCCGCAUGCGACUUCUUCGACAACAAUGGUGCCGCCGCCAACAACGGCCACCUGUCAGCCGGCGUUGACAACUACGGGAAGGGACAGUACGCCAACCAGAACACUGACCAAAAAUACAACAGAUACGACAACGCCGCCAACACAUACAACAAAGCCGCCAACAACUACGCCAACCACGGCAACCACUACUACAAAGCAGCUGAUCAGGCCGGCGUCCAGGGAGACGCUGCCUCCAACUACUACGGCAACAAGGCCGCCGCCCACGCCAAUAACGCUUACGGCGAUGCCGCCCACGACAACAAAGCCAACUACCACGACGCCGCCGCCAAACACUACGCCAGGAAAGACAACGCCGCCAGAGCUGGCUCUAACAACAACCACGCCAAUAACAACUACUACAACAAGGGUGACGUCUUCAACACCGGCGUCAACUACGGCUUUGACAAGAAAUACAACAAGAACUCAAACGAGGAUGGCGACUAUGAAGUCCUUGACACAAGCAGCGCUCACAAUCUCGCCGACUACCGUGAUCACAGCGGAGCCGCCAACUACGCCAACCGCGACCACGCCAACAGGAAAUACGCCGCCGAUGCCGCACACGCUCUGAAGGACAGUAAGUACGGACAUGGCGCUGCCGCAAAUCAAUACGGAAACGGUAAAUAUGGCGCUGCCACCAGUCACGCUGCCAACAACGGUGCUGCCAACCACGCCACAGCUGCCAAAUUAAACGAAGCAGCUGGAAGCAACAAGUACUACGACAACGCUCAUGACGCUUCUAAAGAUCAGUACGACAACUUCGCUAACAAGAAUGCCUUCUACGACAGAAAAAACGCUGCUAACGCCGCCGCACAGGCCGCUCACAACCUCGCCGGCCACGGCACCCACGGCGUCUACGGAACUCGCGGAUUCUCAGGCGUCGGAGGCGUUGGAGGCGUUGGAGGCGUCGGUAAAGGAAACGGCUACGGUAACGGCUACGGUCAUGGUAACGGCUACGGUCAGCAAUACGGUCAGCAAUACGGUCAGCAUGGUCAACAAUACGGUCAGCAGGGACAUGGUCUGUACGAUAACGCCGCUCAAGGUCAGCACUCCAACCAUUAUGAUUCAGCCGCCAAUGCUGCCAAUGUUAGAAAUGGUAAAUACGGAUCUCACCUGAAUGACUACCAGAGAAACAAUGCCGGCGCUGCCUACCACAAGAACGGCUACAACAACGCUCAAGGCAAUGACUACUACAAAUCCGGUGCUGCUGCUGACAAGAACAACGCCUACAGGUCCAACACCGACGCUGCAGCUUCCGACAGACACGGGUACGACCACGCCGGUGCCGAUGCUGCCAGCCUUUAUAAUGCCAAAGCUGCUGCCGCCGACAGUGUCAACUCUGCCAACGCCAAGGACAACUUCAGACGUAAUUACAACGAUGCUGCCAAGAAACACCAUCUGGUCAAGAAGUUCCACCACCACAACAACGCCGGCGGCAACAACUACGAACGCCUCAACUACAACAGGAAGGACUACAAGGAUAACUUCGCCAAGAACGCCAACGCUGCACACUCUAAUGCCAACAAGUACUCUCAGAACUAUUACAACGAUGCUGCCAACGCAGCAGCCCACAACAACGACAAAUAUGCCGCCAACAACGCUGACAACGCCUACAAAUACAAUGACGCCGCUCAGGCCGCCAACGGCAAUGCUGCUAAGAAAUCUAACUACUACAAACAGAAUGCUGCCAAUGCUGCCGGAGCUAACAAUAAUGCCGCUGCUUCUAAAUACAACGACUACAACAAUGCUGCUGCUGCCCGCGCCAACGUCCUGAACAACUAUGCCCACAACAAGUAUGGAUCCAAUGCCCGUGCCUACAGUAACUCUCACGGCGCUGCCUCCAACCACGCCGCCGCCGCUCAACACGGUACCCCCUAUAGCAACGGCUACGGUGUCGGACAUGGAGUUGGUGUCGGUCACGGAGUUGGUGUCGGAAACGGUAUUGGUGUCGGACAUGGAGUUGGUGUCGGACAUGGAGUUGGUGUCGGAAACGGUGUCGGAGGGUUCGGAGUUGGAAAUGGCGUCGUGGGCGUUGGAUUCGGCCGUGGGCUUGCUGGUGGUUUCGGAGGCGCCAAGGGUGGCUACCAGUACUAUUAGACACUAUCAUAAGCCACAGGUUUAUGGGAUUCGUUGGGUUUAUAGAUGUUUUUUACCAUUUUAUACUGUUUGACACCGAAACUUGCAAAUCCAGAAAAUUGUGUGUUGUCUAUCAAUUUCUUUUGUAAAUAUACUUUCCAAGAAACUUUCACAAAAAUUCGAUUUAUGAUUCAAGAAUUAGAAAUUCGAGCUGAGCAAAUCCAUUAAUAUUGUUUCAUCACCGUAUCUCCUGCAGAUUGCCAAUCAGAUGUUUCGACCCUUUAGACAAAGCGACUGCCACGUUGCAUCUUUCGUGUAUUUGUUGAGAUUGGCUUAUUUCAAGGAGUGCUGCUGAUCACUCUGUCAGGUGUCGCCUUGUUUGUCCGAAU